GUCAAACAUCCCCUAAUAGUUUGUAACAACUUGUUAAUUCCAAAUUAUUCAAAUAAUUGCAAUAUACUCUCAACAUGCAAUAAUUAUUUAAAUUUCCCCACUUGUUCCAUCGAUUAAUCGUCAAUCACUAUAUAAGCCCAUCAUUACACGCAAAUAAAACCCAAUCAACACCAACACACAAUUAAUUCUCCUAAAAAAAAAAUCCCUACAAUUCGUCUAAAGUUUCUUUUCAAGAAAAAAAUGAACAAUACUGCAGCAAAAGAAAAGGUAGUGAAGCUCCAUUUCUACGUCCAAGAUCUCCGGAUCGGCCACGCCAGCGCCACCGUGUGCGAGGUCGCAGCCGGUUCCCUCACCGCGGAGUCCCCGUUCGGCUUCGGCAGCGUCCACGUCCUCGACGACUUGGUCACGGCGGGGCCGGAGAUCGACUCCCGCCCCGUCGGCCGGGUGCAAGGGUUGACCACCAAUGCCGAUCUCUCGACGUACGGCGUCGCGAUGAACCUCAACUUCUACCUCACGGCGGGGAAGUUCGCCGGCAGCACGCUCAGCAUCCUCGGCCGGAACCAGGUGAUGGAUGAGGAGCGGGAGCUGCCGGUGGUCGGCGGCACCGGCGCGUUCCGGUUCACGCGCGGGUAUGCGAUUCAAAAAACCUACUCCAUCGAUUUCGAGGCGCACUACGCCGUGUUGGAAUACACCAUCUACGCCACCUACGACACCAAGAUCGGCGAGAGCGAUGAUGAUGUUGAGGUAGCUGAAUUUUGAGGUAAAUUGAUUAAUUGAUAACCUUGCUUUUGACUAUGUCGUCUUUGUAAUGUAAUAUGAAGGCAUAUAUGUAUAUACAUGUAGUGUGUGGUUUUAUUUUUAUUAGUGGGGUUCAAAUUUUAAUGAAGUGCAUUAUUGUGAUUUGAGUUU